UUGGUGGUCCCACGCACAAAAGACAAACCGAAAUGCAGGCUGCAGAACCCAACCCCCAGCUGUUGUCUCUGGGGAAGAAAGAUGCUUCCCGGCUGCUGGAGGUGUACGUCAAGCGCAGCCUGAGCCUAAACGAUGGAUCGCCUGUGGGGCACAAGGCAGGGAUCAAGUCCCGCAAGUGGGUGACCAGUCAAGAACGGGGUGUCAAGGUUCGUAGACAUUCCAGCGACAGCUCCGCCCACCUAGGACUUGGAGAGGUGCCAGAUGAGAUCAGGGCCCUUGCACCUCCCGCGUCUCGUCCAGAAUCGCCAUUUGCAUGUGCGCUCGAAGAGCCCGUGCUGGAUGACCCUGUGCCGGAUGACCCUACUGACCAAAAUGCACCUGUCGCACCAGAAAAGAAAGUCAAAAAAGGCACCAAGAAAUCAAAGAAGCCUUCCCUUUGGAAGAACUUUCUAGGCCUAUUCUCCAAGAAGGAGGUUGAGGAGAAAGCAGAGAGAGAGCCCAGCCCGGAGAGGAUGGGGGCUGGCACACCCCCGGAAACACCCUCGCCCUCAAUUUCCUGCCUGCCUGUCCCAGCACCCUUCUCUGCUGGGGAGAAGGAGGGAUCACCUCAUGUUGACAAGCCUCUAAGAAGGAAGCUCUCUGUUAAAAAGUUCUCCUUCCGGAGCAGGUCCAAUGAAAUAAAGAGGCCCGAGAAACCUGCUACCCUCCAGGUGUCUGGCACAGUGCCUAUAGAAGGGGUCUUGUCCGUGGAACCGACGAGCACCUACUAUGAGAAAGUGUCCGAGGAACUGGAGCGGAUUGUGAAGGAGGUGAAGGAAAGCCCAACCUGCGAGAAUCAUGUGUCCUUCGCACAUUGCAUCGCAACAGCCAGAACGGUGGCUGCUAAGGAUGAAGAAACCAUUGAGAAGAUCAUCAGUUUGUUAAAAGAGCAAGGGGACAACCUUGAUUUGAAGAUGCGCGAGAACGGCACCGUGAGCUCCUUCUUCCGGAACCUGUCCUACAGCUCCUUCCAACAGCUGGCCGAUCGCUACAUGCAGGAGGAGAUCCCCAGCCGGCUUCCCCAGGAAGCUGGCGCCCCAGAGCUUGUCCGCUUUGCCUUCACUCUUGACUUCACCGCCAAGGUGGCCGGCCUCUCCAAUCAGACCAUCAGCCGCAUCAUGGGCUUCGGCAAUCGCUACCUGCAGGACCGCUUCACGCAGAUGAGCAGGUCGAACCUUGGGGUGGCCUCAACCAAGGCUGUGCAGAAUUUCAACACCCCAGACUAAUCCUGAGAUAUUGGAAGGCUGCGAGGCUGCUUCGUGUUCUCACACCUGCUUUAAGGUUUUUGUAAAAUUGUCCGCGGGAGCUGUUUGCACAGAUGUCAAAAUGCUGAUGUCUCUGCACAUAUGAAACCUCACUUUACCAAAACAACUGAGACCUUCUGGUGAGAAGCAGAACUAUCACAUACUGGGUGUAUUUUGAAAUAGCUUUAUUCAGCUUCUCCUUCAUGUUGAAAUCGUAAGUGAGCGCUGACUACUCAAUUUUCCAAGCUUUAAGUUGUGGUAGAUGGGCUACAAGUCCACUUUUUUACCCCCAGCCAGGGUAUCAAACUGUGCAGCACUAUGUUCGCAAAUACACUCAUCCCCCGUUUACCGGUCCUUAUUAAUUCCGAGAAACCGACCAAGUACUGAACCACCACAUAAUAAAAUUCCUUUUUCCAUAAUUUUUUUUAUGAGGAAAAACUCCAGUUUGUUCCAGUCCUAUCCUAAAUUCACCAAGAAUCGCGCGAGAAGAUGCCUAAUACACACACACACACACACA